GGGUGGGGGUGGGGGUGGGGGGCGGCGGGGCCGCGGCCCCUUUAAGCACAAGCCCCGCCCCCGCCCCGGCCCCGCCUGCCCUCCGCGCGCCCGGGCCGCCGCCGCCGCCACCAUGAUCUGCCUGCUGCUGACCGUCUUCGCGCACCUUUUCCCUGCCGCCUGCCCCGGCGCUCACGAGCGCACCUUCCUGGUCGUGAAGCCGGACGGCGUGCAGCGGCGGCUGGUGGGCGAGAUCGUGCGGCGCUUCGAGAGGAAGGGCUUCAAGCUGGUGGCGCUGAAGCUGCUGCAGGCCUCCGAGGAGCUGCUGCGCGAGCACUACGCCGAGCUGCGCGAGCGGCCCUUCUACGGCCGCCUGGUCCGCUACAUGGGCUCUGGUCCCGUGGUGGCCAUGGUGUGGCAGGGGCUGGACGUGGUGCGCGCCUCCCGGGCGCUUAUCGGGGCCACCGACCCGGCCGCCGCCCCGCCCGGCACCAUCCGCGGGGACUUCUGCAUCGAGAUCGGCAAGAACGUGAUCCACGGCAGCGACUCUGUGGAGAGCGCCCGCCGCGAGAUCGCCCUCUGGUUCCGCUCCGAGGAGCUCCUAUGCUGGGAGGACGGUGCCGAGCACUGGCUGUACGAGUAGCCGCGCCGGGCAACAGCGGGCCUGGGGCCUGCCCACGGCGCAGGUGGGCGUCGCGGAGAAAGGCCGGGAACGCGGGCACCCGCCAGCGGAGUAUGCGGGCUUGCAGUCAUCCCCCUGCUGCAGCAGGCCACUCGCCUCCUGUGCCGAGACCCUGGGACUCUCCAGGGCCUCCUGGUGGGCCAUGGGGGAGACCCUGGCCCAGGUGGGCUUCCAGGCCCAAUAUAUGGGCACCCUGGCCGGUGCUCACAGCACACCUGGAGUGCACACAGGCCCCAGCCUCCCCCGCCCCCAUUUCCUUUUUUACAAUAAAGUGUAGAAAGCCCUU